GGGUGACUGGCGAGGACAGGCAGGGCACGCACUGGCCCCAGCGCCCAGCCGCACCCCACCCCCAGCUUUCUUCCCUGCCCUGGGGAGCCAGAGCGUUGCCAAGGUGUCCAGCAGAUGCAGGACUGGGCUCUGUUUUCUGGGACUUGCGAGGGGAGCCGCUGCGCAGUUGCUGGUGUCUCAGUUUAUGCCCCUCAGUGGCCAGGAGGAAGCUGCUGCCCUUCCUGACAGAGCACUGACUCGGCUCCCGGAACCUUGGCAGGAUGGAAGAGAAGCUGAAGAAAACCAAGAUCAUCUUUGUGGUGGGCGGGCCCGGCUCAGGGAAGGGCACCCAGUGUGAGAAGAUUGUCCAGAAGUACGGCUACACCCACCUCUCCACCGGGGACCUUCUGCGGGCCGAGGUCAGCUCCGGCUCGGCCAGGGGCAAGAUGCUGUCGGAGAUCAUGGAGAAGGGGCAGCUGGUGCCACUGGAAACAGUGUUGGACAUGCUCCGGGAUGCCAUGGUGGCCAAGCUAGAUGCUUCCAAAGGCUUCCUGAUCGACGGCUACCCUCGGGAGGUGCAGCAGGGGGUAGAGUUUGAGCAGAAGAUCGGAGAGCCCACGCUGCUGCUGUAUGUGGACGCAGGCCCCGAGACGAUGACUCAGCGGCUCCUGAAACGUGGAGAGACCAGCGGGCGUGUGGAUGACAACGAGGAGACCAUCAAGAAGCGGCUGGACACCUACUACAAGGCCACAGAACCUGUCAUCGCCUUCUAUGAGAAACGAGGCAUUGUACGAAAGGUCAAUGCCGAAGGCUCUGUGGACAGUGUCUUCUCCCAGGUCUGCACUCACCUAGACACUCUCAAGUAGCAACGCUGGAACCCCUUCUCCAGCUCAGAGCCCCGCCCCACCCCUGUCCUGACUCAGGAGUCCUGGCCUGAGCUCAGCGCCUCCACCCAGCCCAGCGGGAGCAUAGACAGAGGAAGCCACUUUAUCCUGUUUUCAUGGACAGCUGAACACUAAAGGAAUUUCCGAGGACA